UCACCCCCUCCCCCCAACAAUAAACAAAUGAUGUAGCCUUGAACAUGUCGUCCUCUCCAUCCUCAAAAUGCCGCCUCAAACCAGUACAACACUAAUCCACAUUAUGGCCCUGGACGGCAUAGUAAACGUAAACUCCAUCUUCACAAUCGCGCUUUUCAUCGGCCUCACUUCCACCCCUUCAGACCAUUCAUACACCCUCGUCAGCACCUCCACCUGCGCCGCCACGGCCGCCACGGCGCAGCGCCUCGUCUCCCGCCACGUCUACUCCUUCAGCUCCUUCCUCUUCUCCAGCCUCGUUGCGCUGGGGCUGAAACAGGCCAUCAGGAUUGCCGAUCAUGAUCAUAUAUUGAAUUGCCACGCAGUGUUGCACGGCGCCGGGCGCGUUGAUCUUAGGAUGUUGCGGGUUGGGAUUUUGGGUUCGGCUUUGGGCUCUGUUUUUGGGUGUGUUUUCUUGACCCUGGCGCUGGUGGAUUGGGUUCAGAUUAAGCUGGGGGUUUUGGGCUGUUGGGGCUAUUACACUUUGGCUGCUGCUAUCCCUCUAGAACCGCCACACAGGCAGCUCAAGAUUGCCCUGUUUGUCAAGAAAUGGCCAGACAAGCACCGCGCUGGGGGCCUUGAACGCCACGCCUUAACUCUCCACCUCGCCCUUGCUAAACGCGGCCACGAACUCCACAUCUUCACCUCCAACUCGUCGUCCUUCCCUGUGUAUCCCGCCCUCGCCAAUCUGCAUUUUCACCUGUCAAAACCGACGGCUGCUGGUUAUUUAGACCAGGCCACUGUCUGGGAGCAAUUCCGGGCUGAGAACUCGACAGGGAGGCCCUUUGAUGUGUCCCACACCGAGAGUGUAGGGCUCAGGUACACCAGAUCAAGAAACCUGAGCAACCUUGCUGUUAGCUGGCAUGGAAUUGCAUAUGAAUCAAUACAUUCCGAUAUCAUACAGGAGCUUUUAAGAGCUCCAGAGCAGUCUCAGUCAAUUGCCUUGACUGAGAGAGUGAAAAAAGUUGUGGAAGAGGUCAAGUUUUUCAAGCACUAUGCUCACCAUGUGGCCACCAGUGACCAUGCAGGUGAAGUGCUCAAGAGGAUCUACAUGAUACCCGAAGAACGCGUUCAUGUCAUCCUCAAUGGAGUAGACGAGCACGUCUUUAUACCAGAUGCUGCAAAGGGUAUAGAAUUCAAGCUAAAAUUUGGCAUUCGGGAAUCUAAGUCACUGGUUCUGGGAUUAGCGGGCAGAUUGGUGAAGGAUAAAGGGCACCCUUUGAUGUUUGAAGCUCUAAGGCAGAUAUUCAUGGAGAAUUCCACAUUCAGAGACAGUGUUCUUGUUCUGGUUGCAGGUAAUGGUCCAUGGGGCGCUAGAUAUAAAGAAUUAGGAUCAAAUUUACUGGUUUUGGGGCCAUUGGAACAGGCUGAAUUGGCAGGGUUUUAUAAUGCAAUAGACAUAUUUGUGAAUCCAACUCUCAGAGCUCAAGGACUGGAUCAUACUCUCCUGGAGGCUAUCCUUACUGGUAAGCCAUUAAUGGCUACUAACCUACCAAGCAUAACACAGUCUAUAAUUUUCAGCAAAGAGAUGGGGUACACGUUUUCGCCCACAGUGGAAGCACUGAAGAAAGCUCUGUAUCGAGUUUGGGAAGAUGGGAGGGAAGUUCUUAAGCAAAAAGGGAAUUUGGCUAGGGAGAGGGGUUUGAAGCUUUUUACUGCAACAAAAAUGGCAGCAGCCUAUGAAAGCCUGUUCUUUUGUAUCUAUAAUAAUGAUUACUGUAUGUACAAACCUCAGAUUAGUUGAAUACAAUGUUUUUAGAAGCCACAAA